GGAGUUCGUGGCAUCUAAAUACUUUGUGGUUGGUAGGUUCCUCGAUUGGUGACCCUCAUUGCUUGUUCAGUCGAACGCCACACCCCGAUAAUUGCUUAUCGAUAAGAUACCGUGACACUUUUCUCCGUUAUGCACUCUAGCCCGUCAGGGCAUCGCCGAAGGAGUCAACCAUCGGAUUGCGCCGACCAUUCCCAUUUCUUUUAUUCAAGGCCAUGUAGCUUGACUUUUCCUUCUGGCCAUGUCCCUUCGCACGCUGCUCAAGACAAUGGGUUCAGAAAUCAAGAAAGUCCCGAUCCCUCGUCGGGGGGUAGACUAUAGGGGCAAGCUCGUUCUUGCGCCCAUGGUCCGCUCUGGCGAACUUCCCUCUCGCCUCCUGGCUUUACACUAUGGCGCCGACUUGGUCUGGGGCCCUGAGACCGUCGACAAGGCCAUGAUCGGCACGACGCGCACAGUGAACCCCGUUACCAACACGAUAGAUUUCACCAAGAUCCCCUCGUUCGGCCACAAGAACCCUCCAAAGCAUAUGCCCGAGGCAAUGAUUUUCAGCACACACCCGGAAAAGGAGGCGGGGAAGCUCAUCUUCCAGAUCGGAACGGCAGACCCGGACUUGGCAGUGCAGGCGGCUAGGCUCGUGGCGGGUGAUGUCGCCGGCAUCGACGUAAACGCAGGUUGCCCGAAGCCGUUCAGCCUCAGCGGCGGAAUGGGCGCGGCUCUUUUGAAGACGCCGGACAAGCUUGUCGCAAUCUUGGAGGCUCUGGUUGCGAACAUUAUGCCAGAAUUCGAGAUUGGCAUCAGCGUCAAGAUUCGCCUCCUGGACACACCAGAACAGACAGAAGCCCUUGUGCGCAAGCUCUGCGCUACAGGUAUUACUGGCCUCACGAUCCACUGCCGCACAACACCUAUGCGCCCCAGAGAGCGUGCCAUCCGUGAGCAGCUUCGCAUGGUCGCGGAAGUAUGCCACGAGGCGGGCGUUGCUUGCAUCAUGAACGGCGACGUUGAGAGCCGAGACCAAGCGGUCGACCUGAUCAGGGAGUUUGGAGUCGACGGCGCGAUGAUUGCUACUGCAGCUGAGGCGAACUCGAGCUGCUUCAGGACGGAAGCAGAUGGAGGCCUGGCGUCCUGGGAGGAGGUGGCGGCUACGUACGUCAAGUACGCGCUCGAGGUCGACAACAAGUACGGCAACACGAAAUACCUGCUUUGUCAGAUUGUCCCGGGCAAGAGCGUGACAUAUCAAAAGAUGAACCAGUGCAAGAGCUACACUCAAAUCUGCCGCGCACUCGGGCUUGAGGAUCUCAUCGAGCUUGCUCAGCAGACUGAUCUUAAUAAAGGCGUCGACCCUGAAAAGGGGCCUGGCAAGGGCGGGAAGAAGCCCAACUCAACCGCAAUGGCGGCCGGCGGCAAAAUGGGCGAGAGCAGGGCUGUGCAGGCCCCUCGAAACAAGUCUCAAAGGGGUGUCGGCGCGCCCAAGGAAACACAGCCAACGCAGCCGGCUCCUGCUGCCUUGCAGACUUGAGAUAAAUCACAAAGCAAUUCUCAACCGGGUUCAUUUACAUAGAUAGGAGUUUGGGGCCAUCGGUAAAAAAGCAUAGCGGCAUCCUGAGUCCUUCAUUGACAGGCCGGGUUAAUGGAAUUGAGGGAUAUAGAACCCAAAUACGACUUUUAUACA